GGAAAAACCGAUACGAAGAAUGAGAGACUCAGUUUGUUUGUUGCGUAAACAAUUUACAGGCGGAAACCUUUCCACUCUCUUUGGCCGAUCCGCUCGACAAGCACUCAAACAUCAAGUAGCAGUAGCACUGUUGUUUACUUUUGAAAGUACCACCCACACGUGGUAGCGCUUACCUGCAGAGCUCCCAGCUUGGUCGACCCAGCAAACAUUUUAGUGAAUGCAUUAGUCUGGGGUAACUCAGUAAGCUGCAGUGUUGAAAAGACAUUAGUGGACGCAGCUAAAGUCCAGGCAGCAGCGCUAGCGAGGUGAUUCUAGCGACCAUGGCAGCAUCGUCGCGUGGUCCCAUGUACAAGAUCGUCCUGCUGGGCGAGCUGGGUGUUGGCAAGACAUCCAUCUUCAGGCGGCUGAAGGACGAUGAAUUUGAUGAGACGGUCACGACGACCACUGGCAUUGAUAGCUGCACUCGCCCAGUCACGAUCAAUGGACAAACCGUUACGUUGAGUGUAUGGGACACGGCAGGAGUCGAGCGGUUUCGCACGCUAACGCGCAACUACUAUCGCGGCGCGCACGCCACCGUUUUCGUCUACUCGGUGGACGAGCCGUCGUCGCUGCACUACCUGACGUCGUGGGUACGGGACGCGGAGAGCUUCGCCUCCACCGCCGUCAAAUUCCUGGUCGGUAACAAAGUUGAUCUGGAUAACCACGACAUUGAUAGUGCCACCGCAGAGUCGUUUGCGUCGAAUCACGACUUUGUCGAGAUGUUCACCACUUCGGCAAAGACGGGCGAAGGCCUAGAGCACGCCUUCACGCAGAUCGCCACCAAGCUGCACAACAGCAUGGGCGGAAAAACGUCAGCGUCUCCAUCGUCCAAUCACGCCGGUGCGGACAACCCAGUCAGCGGGAAUAUCGAUCUAGCGACGGAUGACCUUCCCGAGAAGAAGGGCUGCUGUUAGAACAGUUGGCCCGGUACCGCAGAGAUUAGCGACUUUUUUUUAUAUGCAGAUAUUUGAAAUCAAGCAAAGAGGAACAAUGGGCUGUAACGCUAUCGUCAGUACCACUGAUGGUUGUGUGCGUGACGUUUUACACGGUGCACAGCCCCUGCUACUGCUGCUACUGCUGCUGCAGCUGGUGCUUGUUACUGCCGUGCAGUUGAGACAAGUACAUAGAGGAAAGCACCAGCACUCGCCUGCAGUGACCAAUCGAUCCGUUCAUGUACAGUUCCAUUACCAGCUUGUAUUGCUAAGUGCUUGUAGUUGCAGCUGCCCAGUAAAAUCGUAUUGCACCGCAGCUGCAGUCUUCUAGUACCAGGCAGUUUGUAGCAAUACUGUUAGUUGCAAAAUCUAAGCACUGUUGAACAUACGAGCACUUAGUCAAGUGAGUCCAACUGCUGUUUUUAUGUGAAAGUAUCAUUCCCUUCGCGGCUCCACGUUUACCUAUUCUAGCCCUUUUAGAAGACAGUAGUUUACGUCUUUCUUAUCCAAUGCACGCUCCGUACGGUUUGUGAAUAUGCAACAGCCCCACAGCUACAGCUCCUGUAGAUCUAUUAGUGCUUCCAUUGAACCAGUGAACUUGCAGGGUUGCCCGGGUGUCUCCCGGCCUUCUUGCAAUACAUUCCAAUGUACAUGUACAUAGUUUUCGACUAUUGAAACUCCAAUCCCUCUUUCCCUAAUUCCUUUGUAUUGCCCAUACACCGAUGCUGAUGGAGUGAUGCCUCUUGUACAUGCAACGCAGCACAGCAUUGAUGCAAUAAACCUAUGUUUGUAACCGUG